AUGUCGCGGAGGAGGGCAUUUCAAGGCGGUAUAAUGCCUGUGGACACUCUUUCCUCAUCGCCUGUUGCGGAGACGCAGGAGAGGCGGCCGGUGUCCCCGGUACGGUAUAGGAGGAAGCGUGAUCCGAAGGUCAUCGCGGAGUUAAAUCAGAAAGGCCAUGAGAUAUUCAGUAUAGGUGAUGAAGAUGGUUUACCAAUGAGACACAAGGAGAAAGAUGUACAGCGUGGUGAAGGUGAGGAAAGAUCAUCAAAUAGGCCGACUUCAACAUCAGAUGGCAAUUAUGAGAGUCUUCGAUACGUGGUAGUUGGGAAAAUGAAGCUGAUAACGCUUGAUCAGAAGGAGGUGGAUGUGGAGGAAGCUGUGCUAGAGUUCAGUAACAAGAAAGGUGAACUUAACCCUUCUAUGAAGAUUAGGCCUACAGACAGUAGAAGCAAAGUGAAAGAUUUCAAAAUCAAGAUACUCCGAGAUUGUUCUAAGAUAUGGUUCACAGAAAGGGUAGCAAAAGUGGGUAUAUUUCUGAAAGAGAAAUUGGAUGUUCCCAUCGUUGAUGGUAGCAAUGAGGUUUUGCCUAUUAUCUGCAUUGUCUGGGUUAGAUCACUUCAGGAUUCAACAAUAUUUCUCCGACUAUCACGAAUUCAGAUAGUGCUUCAUGAAUUAGCCAAAAGUAGAAAAACACUACAUACUACACUAACAGUACUCACGAAUCUAACCGAACUUGAAUUACAAAGAUGCAUAAAAUCCAAUAUGAUCACAGAACUUCAAAAAUUGUCAAGGGCUAAAAGAAGACUAAUUUCUUCUUCAUCAGACGGUAUUAACGACCAGGAUGAUGUACCGAACAAGGGUGUAUCAAACACAAACAAUGUAUCACGUAAAAAUGGGAUCAGAUCUCUGAUUUCUAAGGCCAGUAAGGCCGCAUAUAAUACGGGGAAUGGUAAGUCAAUACGAAUACCUUUUAGCGUUAAUGGCGCAAAUAAUCGCAAGAUUUCUUCUACAAGUCAAUCAGUAGACCCUAUACCUUCUUCAAAUUUUUACUCGAGCAGUAGCCCAAGUGGAAAUACACGAUCUAAUUCGCUCAAUAAGCGUGCAAAUGAGCAUAAACUCUCUGAUCAUUUACUGUCAAAUGUUAAAAGGACUAGAAAGAGUAUGAUUAAUGGGUCUAAUAACAGUAUCAAAGAUCCAAUGUCGAUCGAUGACGAAGAAAUCGCUUUUGAUGAGGACAAAAGCAAUGCGGAAGACGAAUUGUUUUACGAAACUCCAAAAAUAUUUGAACCAAAUCUCGUGUAUAAAUUUACCGAUGGUUCUUAUUACACUAUUACUAAUCAGGAUUUUAAAUGUCUCUAUAAUAAAGACUGGAUUAACGAUAGUAUUCUCGAUUUUUUCACUAAAUAUUUCAUUGAAUCAGCUAUAACAAACAAUAAGGUGCGGAAAGAGGAUGUACAUAUCAUGUCAUCUUUCUUUUAUACAAAAUUAACUAGUACUGAAGAAGAAGUAUACUCAAAUGUAAAGAAAUGGGUCAAUAAUACGGAUUUAUUCAAGACAAAAUAUGUCGUUAUUCCUAUUAAUAAUAAUUUUCACUGGUUUGGAUGCAUUAUAACUAAUUUAGAUUCUUUCUUCAUAUAUUACAAUGAGAACAAAAUGUCUAAGAAUUCCAAGAAUUUAGCAAACAUGGAUAGAGAAGAAGAUGAUAUUACAGUUAGUCCACCAAUAAUUACGAUACUCACGUUUGAUUCAUUAAAACAAACGCAUAGCAGAGAAAUUGAUCCGAUAAAAGAAUUCCUAAUUGGGUAUGCUAAGGACAAGUACCAACUAGAUAUUGAUAAAAGCCUUAUAAAAAUGAAAACAUGUGCUGUACCACAACAGGCAAACUUUAGUGAUUGUGGUGUCCAUGUGAUUUUCAAUAUAAAAGGAUUUUUUGAAAAUCCUCAUCAAACGGUAGAACUUUGGUAUUCUAAAAAAAUGAAGAAUAAGCAUGAUAUGCGCUAUAUUAACGAGUAUUUUAAUAAAUCUGGAAGGAAUAACUCCAGAAAAUUUCUCAGAGAUAUUCUUUUAUCAUUACAGAAGCAACAGGUGCUUCAUAAUGCUGGUAUAGAAGCCAAUGGACAAGCAUUAUCUAAUGUAGAUGAAGAUGAGGAUAUUGAAAUAAUUGAAGAUUUAUAUGAUGCCAAAGACAGUAAACUGGCCCCCAUAGAUGUAAAAAAAAAUGUCAAUGAUAUAGAUAUUGGUAGGCAAUCUUUAUCUUCUCGCGUUGGUCUGCAAUCAGAGCCGCCUUCGCCUACUCCAGAAUUUCAAGAAGAUCAAUCAAUUCCCAGUUCUUCAAUCAUGAACGUUAAUUCGAAGGCCGAAGAACAAGGCCAUAUUAUAUCUAACUUAUCACGGUCCUCACACAUACUUGCCUCUUAUAAGGAUAGUGAGUCCAAUCAGGUCUACACAUCUCCGUACUUUGGGAAAUCAAUUUUGAAAGAUAGAGUAGACAACUAUACUGCAUCGACUGAAAAUGCUCAUUCUAAUUCUACAUAUUCAAAUGGACAUGAAAAAUCAAAUGCUAAUAAUUCUGGUUCUCCUACUAUGGACAUAGGCGUAGGCGAAAAUUCAGAAAUUAGUGCCGAUGACUUUUCUGAACGAUAUAACGAAAGUGACGUAAAUUUAAUACCCGAAGGAGUAGCACCUAAAUCAGAGCAAGACGAGGAUGCUCUUGAUCUGAUUAGGGAUAGCUUAGCAAGGGAAUUAAAUGAAAAUAUCGAUACUCAUUAG